AUGAAUUCCUAUUUUACAAACCCAUCUUUAUCCUGCCAUCUCACCAGUGGCCAAGAGGUGCUUCCCAACGUAGCCCUCAAUUCAACUGCCUAUGACCCUGUCAGGCAUUUUUCUACUUAUGGAGCAGCCGUUGCUCAAAACCGGAUUUAUUCUUCUCCUUUUUAUUCACCGCAAGAUAAUGUUGUGUUUAGCUCCAGCCGAGGACCUUAUGACUAUGGAUCUAAUGCUUUUUACCAAGAAAAAGACAUGCUUUCUAGCUGCAGGCAAAAUUCUAUGGGACAUAAUACACAGACAUCAAUCGCACAGGAUUUUACCAGUGACCAAAACAGGAACACUUCGCAAGAACAAAAAACUAGCAUUCAAAUAUACCCCUGGAUGCAGCGUAUGAACUCCCACAGUGGAGUGGGUUACGGGGCCGAUCGACGCCGGGGCCGUCAAAUUUAUUCCCGUUAUCAAACCUUGGAGCUGGAAAAAGAAUUUCACUUCAACCGCUACCUGACCCGAAGGAGGAGGAUCGAAAUCGCCAACGCCCUUUGCCUGACGGAACGACAGAUCAAGAUCUGGUUCCAAAACAGGAGGAUGAAGUGGAAAAAAGAGAAUAAUUUGAGUUCGACCCUCUCCGGAGCUGGGGGGGGGGGAACGAAGGAAAGAGAGGGAAAGAAGAAGGAAAGAAGAAAAGAGAGGGAAAGAAGAAAAGAG